AAACCUGAAAGGCGGCUACGGGAACUUCAUUAGUUAUGCACCAGGUGUCAUAGGCCAGCACCCACCCCCUACUGCCCCGGGCACCCAGUGCAUUCUUUAUACAUCCCCACACUGGGCCACCUUUGCUUGUCUAGCGUCCAACAUGGCGCCUCUCAAGGCGCUACCGUCUGUUUUCUUUCUUGGACUCUUGGUGGCCGUUUCUUCCUUCAACCUGGACACCAGAGACCCAGUCAUCAAGGAGAUGACGCCAGACACCGCGUUCGGGUAUUCGGUGGCGCAACACUACAUUCAGGACGACGACGAGCAUGUAUUACUCGUUGGUGCACCGAAGGCGAAUAGUAUGUACCUACCGGGCGUGGACCAACCAGGGACCGUGUACAGGUGUCCUGUCAGCACGCGGAAGGACGACUGCGAAGAGCUGAGGUUUGACACCGAUAGUCCUGAUCUCGCCUCGGAGAAUAAAACCAAUCAGUUCAUGGGUGGAGCCAUUGCAGCUGAUGUUCUGAGUGGAGAACCGGGAAAAGUAGCGAUCUGUGGUCAUCAGUACAAGAAAGUUGAAGGAUCUGGAAACUCCAGGAAAGAGGCCCCUAUCGGACGGUGUUUCUUCUUGGAGAAUAACUUUCAAGGAGACAUUGAUGAUCGGACCCCAUUCGGAGACACUGGCGGUUUUGACGCAGAUGGAUACGGGUUCGCGCAGGCAGGGACAUCAGUGGUGUUCAGUCCCCAUUGGAUACCCGGACCCAACGAUUUUGCGUUCAAUCCCUAUGAGGUGGAUAUCGUACUCGGAAACCUGGGGGUCUACAGCUGGACUGGCACGGUAUACUGCACCCCUGGAUCCCAAAACUUCGAUCAGUCGAAGUAUGCCAAAAAGACAUAUAACAACCUGGCAGAGCUUGGUAUAGACAAAGGGGCUAUGUUGGGUACAUCGGUGACAUGUGGAAAAUUCCGAGACUUCACUAGCGAUGGGGUCGACUACGGGUUUGACUACAUCGGAGGCGCACCUGGAUUUAACCAAAGCAUUGGAGGGGUGGCCUUCUUCUAUAAGUCCAUCCCAGCUGAUACACAGAACUCGAACAACGAGCUGUUUCCUGGAUUCAUCCUUGAGGGGGAACAAUACAAGUCUGAUUUCGGCUCCAGCGUCUUAGCUAUAGAUUUGAACAAUGACGGGUACGACGAUCUUGCAGUCGGCGCACCACAGUACUUCGGUGAUGAUGGAAAGGGAGGUGCCGUGUACAUCUACAUCAACCCUGCUGAUGGCAAUGGACGCUUGGAUGAAGUUGAACCUAUCAGACUCAGGGGAGAGGCGAAGGGCGAUGCCUUCUUCGGAGCGUCUCUAGCGAGGAUGGGUGAUAUGAACGGAGAUGGCUACCAAGACCUGGCUGUAGGAGCGCCUUACCAAGAUGGCGGCAAUGGCGCUAUCUACAUCUUCCUGGGCAGCAGUACCGGCAUCAUUCAGAACGCAGCCCAGGUCAUCAGGAGCUCCAAACUCAGCUCCCCGGUCCAGAACCUCGGCAUUGCGCUCUCCGGAGGUCUGGACAUGGACGGGAACGACUACCCCGAUCUGCUGGCGGGCGUUGGUGAAGGAAAAGCCAUGCUGUUCAGGGCUCGACCAGUUGUCGAUCUGAAGCCGUUAAGCCCCAAUGAGCAGCCCCUGGUCAUGGUACGAAGACAGGGAGAUCGGAAUCCUUUCAAGAUCAACCCAGAGCAGAAGCUCUGUCAGCUGGAUCCCAACAACCGAGCUGAAGUUUACGCCUGUGUCGAACUUAAGGUGUCUUUCCAGUAUGACGAUGUGCCAGAUCGCCGAUUUGGCCCUAACGAAAUUGAUAUCAAGUACGAACUUGAAGCUGAUGUUGAUGCUAGAAAUCCUCGGGUGUUCUUCAACAACAAGAACAACAAGAGAAGGGAGACCAUGAGAAGGGUGGCACCGGGCCGUACAGGGCAGGAGAAGACAUAUCAACUCUUCCUAAAGAAAGACGAGAGGGACUUGGUAACACCUAUCAAGGUUGCGCUGAAGUACUGGAUUGACCAAGACCCGCCAGCCUUGUCAACUAGCGGAAGCAGCCUCCCCAAACUGAACAACUUCCCAAGCCUUAGUCCCAUCUCCACACUGAAGGAUGGCAAACGGAUGGAAAAACUCAUGUCCUCUCUGGAGAUUGAGUUCUUCAAGCAAGGUUGUGGCGAUGACCAGGUCUGUGAGAGUGAUUUGGCCAUGGAAGCUACUUUUGAUAACCUUCCUCAAGAUAAUCCAGUCCUACGAGUCAGCCAAGACCGAAGGACAGUCGAUGUGAGGGUAAAAACAACCAACAACGGUGAGCCAGCGUACUUCACCAGACUGCUCAUGGCAUAUUCGCGAGGCCUCACCUACAACAAGGCGGUGUCUUUAGAUGAUAGGGACGUAUCGUGUCAAACCAACGCUGUCAACCAGUCUGUACUUGAAUGCAGCCUGGGAAACCCCCUACGGAGACAGCAAGAGGUAGUCUUGCAGUUUACAGUCAACAGUCGCUUCCUGACAGACGCUAUGAUGAUAGAAUUUGAACUAAACACGACCAGUUCAGAUGUAAAACAAACAAUGCCAAACAAAGUGCUGUCAUUCACAGUUCUUGCUGAGUCAAAGGUGACACUAGGAGGGUCUUCAAACCCCAGAGAGCUUUUCUAUCAGGAACCCAAGAAGCUAGUUGGGGAGAGUGCCAUGGAGUUUGAAGCAAACAUUGGGCCAGCGGUGUACCACACCUAUACGCUGAAGAACACAGGAGAAGGAAUUACUCCGCGUGCAGACGUUGUCAUCAACUGGCCAUACGAGACUCAAAACGACCCAUCUCUCCACACCCGCGGUAAAUGGCUGCUGUACAUCAUGGAUAUCACGUUGACUGGACAGUCUGAAGGUGAAACGUGUGAUCGCCCACCCAUCCUCAGCAAUCCACUCAAGAUCAAGGAGGGUGCAGGUGUUGGAGAUGUCCUGGACAGAGAUCGUGACUACGUCAACAUCACGGACUUCGGGAACGGGAAACGGACCAGGGAGAGGAGGGACGCUGACGAGCCCAGGGCCCAGGAGUCCAGGACCCUGCAACAGGGAGAGAAACUGUCAAACCUGCACUGUUCUGGCAUGCCUGAGGACAUGGCCAAGUGUGCGACCAUCCGCUGUACCUUCACCAACAUCAGACAGGACAUCAAAAUCACCAUCAAGGCCAGGCUGUGGAAUAACACCCUCAUCAUGGAAUACAACCGUCCAGGAAUGGUGAGCAUCAAAUCAUCCGGACAGGUCACCAUCGAAUCUGGCAGUUCACGCAAACGCAGGCAGGCUGAUGUGAUCACUCAAGAGAUAGAGACUAUGGCCAUCCUGCAGAAGUUGGAGACUAAGACUGUGUCAGGCAUCCCCUGGUGGAUCAUCCUGCUGGCUGUGUUAGCUGCUCUACUGCUGCUGCUGCUGCUGGCUCUGUGUCUGUGGAAGUGUGGCUUCUUCAAGAGGAAGAAGAAGGAGACAUAUGAGGCUGAGUACUACAAGGCUACUAAGGUGCCCAAGAAUGUGGAGUAUGGUGGGCAGCCCAGCUACUCUGUCAUGCAGCAGGGACCUCAGCAGAGCUAUGAGAUGCAACCACUGGCAGGAUCCAGGCCUGUCCCAGAUAUCUACGUGGAAAAGUAUCACUUCGAAAAGGGUGGCGAACCUAAUGUUUACGGGGAAUAUCCGUCCCAUUCCUCCUAACAAUUUGCUUACUGCUAACCCCACCUUCCCUACUGUCAAUCACAAUAAGGAAUGUCCUCACCUGUUGACCAGUGCUUUGGACAAUCACAUACAUGUAGCUGGAUAACCUGGCAAGCAAUCAGGACUUUAGGCCACACCAAUUUGAUUUGUUGGUUCUCAGAUUUUUUCAGUAGAAAUAUGAAGCGGUAGGAAAAAAAAAAUGAAAACAGGCCUACUAGUACAUGAUGUAGACAUCCUAAGAUAGCCCCAGAUGCUAUGAAAGGAGCUGUAAAGUCAACAUACAUGUACAGCAGGCUGCUUUAUAAUCUCAAGUUUGAAUUUUCCAAUCAAACCACUGCAUUGAGAGAUGGAAAAACUGUAACAAUUCGAAUGAAAAGGAACUUCCUUAAACUGUUGGGGGCCAAAAUAUGGAGCAUUUUGGAUUUGAUUCACAGCCUGCCUGAA